CUGGAGGAUAUCAUCACCUACGCUAUAAAACACCGCUCUGCCGUCGUCAUCGAGAGCGAGAAGCUCGAUAUACUGCUACUCCACGCGGAAAUGAGGUAUGAACAUCACCGCCAGAUCUCGUGUACCCAUUCCGGUCGCCGACCACCCGCUUCUCGUGGUGUAGAACGCAUUUGUCAGCUGCUCCAUCGUCUGUAUUCCUCGGAAACAUCAUUCGCUGAGGUUAACGCUCGGUUAGCAGCGGCAUUUGACAAUCUUAAGCCGUCCACCGUGCAAGGGUGCAUUCGUAAGGCUGACCAUACGCUAGAAGACAUUUACAAGGUGAUCCUCCUUCGCUUCAAGCCCUACGAGCCGAACUUCAUUCCUACAUUUACAUUCAAGCUCACUAGCCGACUGCGUCCUCAGCACCCCCAUGUCCUCCAAUCGUCUCCGCCUCACCUGGUCCGAGAAGGUAGCCAUCCUCGAGAAGACUGCUCGCUCACCUAG